GGGGCCGGGUUGUGCGCAGCCGCGCUAGCAGGAGAACGAGUGUCCGUUUACCGGACUCUGCUCGAGCUCCUCAGCUUCGGGCACCCAAAGGCCGGACAUGUUGCUAUAGUUUCGGGGCGCGGGUACGGAGUAAUUGUCAUGAAGGCUGGGGCCACAUCGAUGUGGGCUUCAUGUUGUGGUCUGCUGAAUGAAGUAAUGGGUACUGGAACAGUGCGUGGACAGCAACCCGGGUUCAGUGGAGGUACAGGGCCAUUCAGAUUUGCCCACAGCACAGGAUAUUCUUCAUAUCCCUCCCCAAUGCCUGAAGUCCCAAAUAUAGUCUGUAAAGGCUGUGGUCAGGCCUUUUCUCUCUUUAGGAAGAAGUACAUAUGUCAGGAGUGCAAGAAGAAUUUCUGUUCAUUCUGUUCAGUGAUGCAAGAAAGUCUACGAAGGUGCUACACAUGCCAAGUGUUACAACAAACUUCCUUCCAGCGUAACGAGCUCAUGAAAAUAAAAGUCAAAGAUCUACGAGAGUAUCUGAGUUUAAGAAACAUACCCAUAGAAACAUGUCGUGAAAAAGAAGACUUGGUACAGCUUGUAUUGAGCCAUCAUGAAUCAGAUGCUGAUGGUGUAGACACUGAGAAUAUACGUUCGUCAAGAUCACAGAGUUCACAAUUUUAUACUAACCCUCCCGUCACCACCUCAGCAUCAGCAGCACCAUCUUCUCAGGGGAUUUCCACCAAUCAAAGACCUAGCUCAGGAACUCCAAACAUGCAACAGGGGAGAGAAAAUACAACAUCUCCAAUGAGUAGAGGAUCUGAAUCACAACAAAAUCAGGAAUAUGCAAAUGGAACCAAUGAUGAUAUUCCACCUAAAAAAACACGAGCCUCAUUAUCAGACCUUUCCAGUACUGAUGAUGUUGAAGCAUUGACUGUUCGUCAGCUGAAGGAAAUACUGGCUCGCAACUUUGUCAGUUUUUCAGGGUGUUGUGAAAAAUGGGAAUUGGUGGAAAGAGUGAAGAGAUUAUUCAAAGAAACAGAAGAAAAUCGCAAGUUUUUGGAAAAUGGAAGUAACCCAGCUGUAGCUGCUGUUGAAGAACACAUGCAGCUGGGCAGUGAUGAGAAUCUCUGCAGGAUCUGUAUGGAUGCAGUGAUUGAUUGCGUUCUCCUCGAAUGUGGUCAUAUGGUCACUUGCACCAAGUGUGGAAAGCGCAUGAAUGAAUGCCCUAUAUGUCGACAAUAUGUUGUUAGGGCAGUGCACGUCUUUAAAUCUUAAAUUUGGGAGGUGUUUGAAUGAAAGAUCUCCUGUUAAGAUACAUCAAACUCAAUGAGGAAAAGUUUUCUGACUAUCAAUUACAGUAAUUUGUUGUGGCAAUUUUGGAUAAUGGUAGAAGAAUGGAAUUUCUUAAUUUACUAACAGUUUUAUCAUCGCUUAUUACUGGAAGCCUUAAAGAAAUCAGUGUAAAACCAACACAAUGCUAAGGUGCAAAAAAAUAGAUAUUACUGAAUUAUAAGAGUUAUCAAAGCUAGGACAGACUAAAUGAAAGAUAUGCAGGAGACAAUGCAAAAUUCUAUUUUAAACUUUUCAUAUCACUUUUAUAAGUCUCCUUAAACAUUUACCAUUUAAUGGAUUACGUGGUGUGGUAGUGUAUUAAUUGUGGUGCAGCUUGCUCUGGAUAUGAAUUUGAGCAUUUAGUAGUGCUCAGUAUAAGAACAGGAAGGAAACCUCAAGCGAUCUUGUAUCAUUUGCUGCCAACUGCCUUGUUUUAGUUUUGUCAUUUUUUGCUUUCUGUACUUUGUAAAUCAUGUUUUUGAAAUUCAAUUUAACUAAUAAAGAAUUGAAUUUAAUGUAGCAAUUCUGUCAGUGAAUUUUGACAAGUUCUGAAAUUAAUAAAAUCAAGAAUAUAAUUUGCAACAA